CCGACGCGAUCGGCCGCUAAAAGGCCACCCUUCUCCCGCAUGCAUGUGCCGACGCGUGUCGCCGCGAUGACCGAGUUCGUGGACCGGGGACUCUGCGAAGUGCUCGGCGAGCACCCGGGGGAGCUGGUGCGGACCGCCGCUCCCAACAUCCUCUGCACCGUACUGCCCGCCCACUGGAGGUCCAACAAGACCCUGCCGGUCGCUUUCAAAGUGGUCAUCCUGGGAGAGGUGGUAGAUGGGACUGCAGUGACCAUCAGGGCCGGGAAUGACGAGAAUUAUUGCGGCGAAAUGCGGAAUUCGACGGCCGUCGUCAAGAAUCAGAUUGCAAAGUUCAACGAUCUCAGAUUCGUAGGGAGAAGUGGAAGAGGAAAGAGCUUCACGUUGGUCAUUACUGUGAGCUCCAAUCCACCUCAAGUUGCCACAUACAACAAAGCAAUUAAAAUCACAGUGGAUGGACCAAGAGAACCUAGAAGUAAGAGCUGGCAACAUCACCAUCAUCUCCGGGCUUUUGCCACUGCUUUUGGUCAACGGUCGCCCUUUUUCGACCCUCGCCUGGUGGACCCUCUGAGGGAGUGGGAACGAUUUCGGAGGAAAACGGCAGAACAGUGGGCUCUGGAUCUCCCUAGAAGAAUUGGAGCCACACCUUCUGAUCUGUCGCAGACCUUCAAUUUUGCGGCUGGUGAUCAUCCUCACUGGCUAACAUAUAACGCUCAUUAUUCACCUUACUUCACUUCAGCUGCUUUCCGUGGAGCCGGAUUUGCCGGAUACACCAUAGACAGCGCCUUCACUGCAACCACUGCGUCCAGUCAAGAUGCACACCUUUCCACUCUGACAGAUCCCAAUACAUCUCCAGACUCUACACCAACCAAUGGCACGAGCCAACUUCACCCAUCUUCAGCAUUCACGUUCAAGCCCUUCCUCGACAACUUAAGUCAAGCUAAGAGUGAGCUAUCAGCGUGCCGACCGCUAAACAGCAGUCCAUCUUCAGCUACUUCAGCGGCCACUUCAGAAUCCAACCAAGGUCCUCUAUCUGUCGAAACUGGAAAAAUCCCAGUCUCCAACACAUCUCUGUCAGUACCACGGACUAACAUUCCAGUUCUACCAGGUGCUUCAACUUCAACAAUAUCAGUCAACCACGCUAGUUAUCUGUUGGCUUCUCAGAGCUACUAUGGCAGCAAUGGCACGGCUGGGGGACCAGGUAUGUACUUAGGACCAAGCAUGGUACCUCCGUCUCUGCUGUACCCACAGCUGUACCAGCAAAGCCAUCUACAUCCAUCCAUUCAUCUUCUUGGAAACGAUGCCAGAAACUCGUAUGACUUGGCAGCCGCGAUGGCGGCUCAGCAUGAAGAGGCUCAGCAGAUAAGCAAUACAGAAUUGCUCAACAAAGAACUGCAAUCGCCGUCUUCUGACGAGCCUCGCUCAGAUGGCAGUGGCACGAAUGGGCAUGAAUCACUGCCGAAUGCGCGUGAAAGACUCGAUGCCCUGCGUUUGAAUGCAUUGCCAUCUCAACGGACAGCACAGAAUGAAGUUGCGACAGUUUGGAGGCCUUACUGAUAUACACUUAAUAAAUUCUUAACGCGCGUUUACCCGGUGACUCAUGCAGUGAUUGUAAAUCUUCUUUUUAUCAUCUGCUCAAAUGUACCAUCCUCAUUAUGGAAUAGAUAAAAGUAAAGCAUUUCUGUUCGAAGCAUUGGUGAGGAUAAAAAAUUUAACAUUCUUAUGAAUGCCUUAUUCCGGUGUUAUGCAUUUCAAAACAUGGCAAAACGAAUAUUUCAGAAAAAUCCUAAAAUUAAUGAUAAUGGAAAUGGGGAAUGAUCUCUAAUGUAAGUAUAUUUGAAAGAUAAUCGAAUAAUUAUCCGGAUCAUAAUUGAUACACAUUGGACAUUUGAUAGUGAAUAUAAAGUUAUAUUCUUAUUGUAUUGCAUUCUUUUACCAUUUAUUAAUUGUAAAUGUAAAAGAGUGCAGUAAAUGCUGAUAAUUCCUAAACACUCAAUAUCCAUUUAAGCAUAGUGAGAUGGAAAAAAAAAUGAUAUUUUUUAUCGGAUAUUCCUUUCAAUCUUAUUUGAAAUAGUUUUUCCCAUUCCUGACAUGCAUAUUAAUAAGAUCUGGCAUUUUAAAGACCACUCACCUUUUCUCUACAAUGCUUUGAACAGGCAUGUUUUUAUUCGAACCAUAUUUACAUGUAUAUGAAACAUUCCAUGAAAAAAAAUGCCAGCUACUUAUUUUAAUUAAGAAGUGCGGCAUAAUUGAUUUCGGAUACUGAUUAUUUUUAUUUUCUAUUCGGUUUAUUUAUAGAGUAAAUCAGAUUUAAAAAUUGUAAUCAAUGUUCGGAUCAAAAUCUUGUAGAUUUGGUUUUAUUAGCAGAGAAGGUAUCAUUUUCAUCUUAAGUAAAAUAUAUCGAACUAUAAAAUAAGAGGAAAACUGAUGUAAUUAAACUCCGCGUUGUCUUACUUAUUCUGUGACGUCACGAUUUUUCUUCUUUCAAAGCUCGCAGUGAACUGGGCAAAAGUAUUAACCGUACACCACUUGAACAUUGAUUGAUUUUACAAAAAUAACAACGAAUUAUUUCAAUUUAAUACAUGUGCUUUGAUUUUAUAACUUGAACAUUUUUAAUUAUAAACUUUUAGCUUUCAACAAAAUCUAUUUCCUUCUUAACGUUUCUAUUGAGUUCAAUAGGUUAAUCAUUAAAGAUUAAUGCAUCCAGACAUUGAAACAUUAUCCAUCCAUAUUCAGCAUACGACCUGUAUAUAUCUGACUCAAGAAAUAAAUAGAAAAAGUAACGGUCCAAAUCUUUACUUAUUUACGGAUAUAGCUUACCGACUGUUAAAUGACCUAAAAUCAUGAGUAUUAAUUCAAAUUUUGUUCAUUAAAUAUUUCGAAAUUAUUAUGCUUAGACUUAAAAUGCUACAAUAAGUUAAACAUGUGGGAUAUAUGAGAAUUUUAUGAUUAAAAACUAUCAUAAAUUAAAAAGCCCAAUUAAAGGCAACUAUUCUAAAAUUCUUGAAAAAUUUCAAUAAAUUUUUCAAAAUUUCUAACAAUAAUAAAUAGUUUUCUUUCCUCCUUAUUAAAAAGCAGCAAAUCUCUCUUCCAAAAUUAAAUCAAAAAAAUAAUUUUCUUUUUUAAGAAAAAUAAAUAAAUUAGAUUUUAAAUUUCAUAUUCUUAUGUGAAGAUUCGAAGAACUUACUCUACAUGGUAUUCCGUAGUUUACAAGCGUUGACAUUCUCGACAUCAAAAUGUUUUUUUUUUUUUUUGAGACAUGGAAAAAGAAUUAUUGAAAUAUAAAAAUUCCUUUUAUAUACAGCUUUAAUAUGAACAGUUGUAUGUAAAUAUUCGGAAAUUUUCCAAAAUCCGAAUUUUUUUUUUCUCAAAUUUAGUGCCAGUUUUCAGAAUAUUAUUUGUAAAACGUUUUUAAAUUUUUUUAAAAAGUUGUUAGCAUAAUCUUUACUCUGCCACUGAAAAUUACUUUCUAAACUAGCAAUGAAACAAAGCCUAGGCAGAUCAGUUUUAAAGAAAUAUCGAUUGCAAACAAUGCCACUAUGAUAAUUAAAAGUUAUGUAAGAUUAAAACCAAUAUGCAAACUGUAAAGUUCAUUUUAACAAAGACAUAAUGUUUACUCUAGUGAAUAUUUGGUAUAUUAAAAGUAAAUAAUAAAAGGGAAGGUAAAUUUAAAAAUUAAUUGUAUUUUUGCAUAAUUUAAAAUUUUUUAUACCUAAAAGAACGCUAAAAUUUAUUUCACGCUAAAUUUAAAAUGAGUAUGGUACAUUUUUUUUUUCCUACGAAAUGUAAAAUUCCGGAUAUGAAAUUAUGUAAAUAUUGUACGAGAGCUAACAUAUAUGUAUAUGUUUGAAACAAACCCAAUGGAGAAAUAAGUACUUCUGAGAAAUAGUAAUUAUAAUAAAAUCAAUAUUUCUCUUAUACGUACUUGCAUAUAAAUAUAUACAUUUUUUUUUUAAUUCAGAAAAGAUUGAAAAAUUAUA